AUGUACAGAUACUCGACCCAACAACCCUCCAUUAUCCUCCUGGUCAUUUAUGCGUUUUUGACGUUUGUAUCGGAAGUAGCUGCUGAUGGUGAUGAUCUCAUAAUAGCACAUAACGGGAACAACGUGAGCACUAGAGCGAUUUUACAGCAAUUAAACAUCACUGGCAACUUUCAUUUUGGUGCUUUUUGUCCCAGAGAUGAACACGCGUGCAAGACGAGAUGUAUUCACGGGGCUGCUGCUGACCCAGCAGAGCGCAAAAAGAAAUCACCUUGUUAUUGUGACAGUCAUUGCUUAGACGUAGGCGACUGUUGUUACGAUUUCUUCUCCAGCUGCAGUCAAGUGCAACCGAGCCAUUACAAUCAACGUGGACAAUGGGAAUGUAUUAACCUGAAGAACUCAGGCAGUCAUGGCAAUCUGAUGAGAACCAAAUGUCUGCAAGGCAUUGUUGAACCAGAGAUUCAAACCUUAUGCGAGACGCAUGAUAACAAAGACUUCCUGAGGAGCAUGCCUGUUGUAGAUGAACUGGCAGACAUAACUCAGGUAAACUGCAUAUGCUUUCCUCCAGUAGAAGUCACGACUCCUAAGUCUACAACACUACCACGUACUACGGCAGGUGAGCCGACAACGCCAAGUACGACAGAUAAGUCAACAACUCCAACGCAUACCUCCACUCCCGAGGGAACAUCAUUUGCACCGGAUACCACUGCAUCCCCUAGGUCAGCGCCUGCACCGCAAAACACGACACCUGGGACAGCUAAUUCGCCGCAUUCCUUGUCAUCUGGGACAACAUCAUCACCGAUGACGACAAGAUCUCGGUCAACAAUGCCACCACCUCCCACAGGUCAUUGGUUUCCUUCAUGGCGGCCUAUUACGACGAUCCCACCUUUUACGUUGGAACCUCCUCCUCCUCCACUAAACAUUUUGUUUGACUUUUCCUCCAAUGAAAUAAGCAUUCAAGGCAAAACAACUCAAACUCAAGUUCUGACAAAAAAUACUUGCCAGAAAGGGUUUGUUUAUGAUCCUUUCAUUCAAAAGUGCAGAGAAGCUUUCCGCAAAGUGAUUGUGAAUAGCAACACCUCGAUCAAUUCAAUCAAUUCAACCAGCGAUGUCGUAAUAACGCUGAACUGUUCUAGCAUACAGCUUAAUUCUUCAGACACAGUUUUGCUUCCAAAUGGAACUUUGUGGGUUCCUUUAUACGCCAGAGGAUAUAACCGCACUGAUUAUUUCUUGAAUGGCUCCAAUGUACUUUUGUGUACAGACUUUGCAAGUAACUACUCAAAGAAAGAAACAAUUUCAAAGUGGUCCUAUGUUGUAUCUCCAUUACAGAUUCUAACCUACGCCGGUUGCUCAGUUUCGGUUCUAUCGCUGCUUAUUUUACUCGUCGUUUACUCCGUAUUUAAGGAGUUGAGGACUCUGCCUGGAAAAAACCUGAUAAAUAUGUCUUUUGCAAUGAUAUUUUAUCACAUAUCCCUGUUUGUCGCAGGAUUAAGAAACAUUCAAGCUCUCUGCACUGGAAUCGCUAUUCUUCUUCAUUACUUUCUGUUAUGUUCAUUUGCAUGGAUGAGUGUGAUGGCAUUUGAUGUGACAAAAACAUUUGUAUUUCGCGGUAAGAAAUAAAUAUGUGCUAAAUAUGUAACUCUCUUUAAAAAAAUGUAUACGGUUGUCUUAACGAGAAUCAUAUUCGCUGAUUGUUUUUCUCAGAGACUAAAAACCAAUCUAUCUUUACUGUGAUUUUAGAUAAUUACGCACGUUCCCAGCCAACUAAGAAUAGGAGGAACACUCUUCUUAAAUAUUGUUUGUGCGCCUGGGGUUUACCGGCAGUUGUCAUUGCCACGUGUUUUGCCUUGGAUUACAUGGAUACUGUUACCAUAGGCUACGGUAAGAUACUUUAUUUAUUAUUUAUUAUUAUUUACGCAGGGCCCCUUUUGAUACCAGCCAAGUGCUGAUUGGGCCACCCUGCCUAAAUAAAGUUGACCUUGACCUUGACCUAUCGUUCAAAUUUAAUUGCCCCAUAUAAGAGAGUAUUUUACUCCGGGUGUCUGAGAGGUCAGGAGCUCAACUCCCGACGGGGACUUCACAGUACAGUUGCAAACAAAAUACAGUUAUUUUUAACAUUAAUGUAUGAGUUAUUUCUGAGGAGCAUGCAGGACUAAGAUUAAAGCAAACCUGAUCAGAUGAAAUAUAUUCCUUCUUGAAAGGCUUU